CUAGCUGGCAAUAAGCAACGUGAUGACAUAUUAUACUCGCGCACUUGGCACUUUGCUGUUCAUUCCCGCACGUCUCGCGUUGGACGCAAUAUAUUCAAGAUGGUGGUGCGCACUUUUGUAGCGUUAGUGGCCGUUUUCUUGUGCGCUAUUUGCGCGCAAGGCCGUCGUCAAAGGAUACAAGUGCGUCUAGAAGGUGGUACACAACCGUACGCAGGCCGUGUGAUGGUUUAUUAUCGUGGUGUUUGGGGAAGUGUUUGCGACAACGCGUGGACAAAGAAGAACGCUGCAGUCGUUUGUCGACAACUCGGUUACAAAGGAGUUGUGCUGGCCACGAAAGGGUAAGAAAUCUGUCACUAUAUCAGUAUACAGUUCAUUGCAAUGAUAAACUAUCAUGGCGUUUUCAUUAAUGUGAGCUAUUGAAACAACGAUUUGUUUAUAAUAGGAAUCGUGCUAGUUUACAUGUCUAAUAUUUCGACUUGUGAAACUCAUUAUAAUGCAUGAAGAAAAUUCAAAAGAAAUCCAUGUUUAAUAAUUUAAUCCGGUGUUGUGUCCACACUUUCAUAAACCUCUUCCUCAUACCUUUUUCACUUCUUUUAGAAAAACUGUUUCAAAACACGACUUUUUAAAUCCUUGCGUCACAAGCUAUUUACAGCAUUCGUGUCCGUACAUGUUGUAAAGAGGCAAUCUCUCACCUUCGGCUCGAGUUUGUAUAUCUUAUACAAUACGGCCGCUCAAGUAUAGUAGAUUUAUAGGUAACUGUAAGAAGUGUAUUAGUGUAUUACAUUUGUUAUGACUUUGACACAUAACUAUAUUAAUAUCCCAUCAGAUUCGAUACAGAAUCUGGAGUGAGAUUAUCGUAACAAGAAUAAUCACAAGAUCUAAACCAAAUAAUUUCCUAUACUAUCUUAAAUGUUGAAAUUUCAUAAACCAUUAAUAGUUUAGCCAUAUAGCGUAAGUAUGGCUGCGGAGCUCUAUCGUACUGCAUAUGCAUAUGGAGUACUUUUCCUUGACUUGUGUUUGAAGCUCUAGAUAAAAACAUUGUAAUUUGAGACAUGCUGUAACAUAUAUCUGCACGUAUCAAUGGCGGAUAAUCAGAUAUUUUAUUUGUCAUUCGUAAUCCCGAGGUAAUCUCGCCUUCUCUCAACUUUGCCCCCUCCCCCCAGUUUUCCCGUCCUCUCCCCAUAGUGCCUACGCAAGCUGCGUUAUUUCAGGACAGCAAUAUGGAACAGCCAAGCAAUUAUUUUCCAUCCAAGGAUGAAUAUUUUCUUUUAUCAUGUAGAAAAUUUUAUGGCAGUCAAGUUUUGUACGUCAAUAAAUGGGUCGGUCGAAGGAAUGUAAGAGCCAGGACUCGAAUUUGGUUGGAUAGAAUUGCCUGUGGUGGACGGGAAUAUAAUCUUGGAUACUGCCUGCGGAAAAGAAAUCGUUGGGGUCAAGUACGAUGCAGCCGGCAACGUUUAGCCGGUGUUAUGUGUGACCCUGGAUUAGAGAAUCUGAUAAAAACACCUCCACUUGACAACGCAACCAAACAUAUCGACGUAAGUGACUCAAAUGCGCGUAAAGCACUUUCACAGAGAAAUAAAACUUUCGAUGUUUCCUCGAAUAUUUUCAUCGUUCUCAGCAAUCGAUCAUACACUAAUCGAUUAAUCAUAUAGUAAAUAUAUCAAGGUACAUCCAAAAUCCAAAUGUCUGCUCUUUUGAACGCUUAAUUCAGGUGAGAAAUUUUGACAGGGCACAAAUUGAGUGGCUUUCUAAUUCAUCAAACUUAAUUCUAAGCGGUUUUCAGUUUUCAAGGAAAGUUUGCAAGCCGUGGGUUGAUCUGUGUCAUUGUUUAUGGAUAAAUCGAUUAAUAUUAAAAAUGACAAAUUGGCAGAAAUUAUAAAAUUUACCAGUCGGGAACCGCUUUAAGCCUGUUUUCCACUAGGCGGAAUUUUGCGCGCGGAGCGGAAUUUUUCUUUGUCUUGUGAUUUCUUGGGUGGAACUAAUUAGAAAAGACAAAGAAAAAUUCCGCUCCGCGCGCAAAUUUCCGCCUAGUGGAAAACAGGCUUUACAGAUACUCCAAUCUAACUUGGUAUUUUUCCUUGGCAAGAGACCGCAAGCUUAUAGUCAGUUGAAGUCACAUACUCUUUCGUCUGCGAACCACCCAGACGUCAUUUCCGACGCUCAUUCUUCGCUGAGGCACUGAGCGUCGGAAGUGAGGUCUGGGUUCGCGGACUACAUACUCUUACGUGUAGCCCACAAAUUUUUUUCACAGAUAAAGAAGUUUAAACUUGUUUUGUGGCCACAGAAAAACAAAACCAACGGCAUAAUUACGGAAGGCGUUCUCGCAGUAAAAUACGAAGGCGGCAAGGCAGGAGUCGUAUGCAGUGACAACUGGGAUCUGAAGGAAAUGCGUGUUGCUUGCGGAGAACUUGGUUUUACUCAUGCUGUAGAGACAACUACUCAUACAAGUAUUGAUCAAGUGCGGAAGAUAUACUCGUAAGUAUUCAAGUUAUGUUUAAUACCCAAUCUCUUAUUUCACAUCAGAGACGGAUAAUCUGUGAAGAGGUAAGAUACAUGAACUGCGCACGCAAACUUCGUCAGAUGAACUUAUGCAGACAGCAAUUUUGUUGCACGCAUUACUCCACCUUAAACUAUAUAGUCACUAGUAGUGAGAAUCUGUUAUAUUAAAGAGUGUUUAGUAUAUGACCCAGUGUCUCAACAUGGUUUUAAAAUUCCCGUUUCAAUAUAUUUUUCUCACCCCGUGUCUCGGACUUAUUAGUGAGCUUAAGCAAUCUGGAGAGAAGAAAAUUGAAACUACUUUUGAGAAGAGUAGCGACUGACUUUUCGUGAUGUACCUGUAUUAGAUGAUAGAUUAAGCAUUGUUUUUACACUAUUGAAAUCCUGAAUUCCGCCAUUUCCCCCCUUUCCUCCCAAUCCCGUUAUCAAAAUACACGCUAUCUUGCGUUUUGCAAAACAAUGAUGACUAAACUGAAUAAUCAUGAAAAAUAAAUUGAUCAUGAUACGUUUUCUUGAAUCUCAGGCCAGGUGUAGAUUUCCAUCUCGGGAAUGUGGAAUGCACUGGAAACGAGGCGACGAUUCUAUCGUGCAAAAGUUCUGGAUUGGGUAAUCAAAACUGUACGAGUGGUCAAGCAGUAUGGUUGAAAUGUGAGACAAAGAUUCCACCGGUGGGUUACGGUUUUAGUAGAGAGGAAAUCUGAGUAAAAUAUAUAGCCUCCUCUUUGUGUUCAACCUGGGUUGCUUGAGUUUAGCCCGCAACCAAAUUCUGCCCCCCCCCUUCCCAAUAUAAAGGUGAUGCCUGUGGAAGAAGCUAAGUAAAAUAUUAAUGCUAGAAGAGUACUUUCUGUUUAACCCUACUGAACACUUACGCUACAAUGGGAGACUAAACAAACAUAGAUUCUUAACACGAGUGCCAUUGGCGCGAUAGUUCUAGGGGGAUCCAGUCCAGUGGCAUGCUCCUUCGGAGAAACUGUUUUGAAUCUUUAGGGUCUUCAGAAUAGCAUUUCUCGCAUUCUAGACGAGUUUUGAAAAAAUCAUAACCAGGAAGAAAGCAGUUUAUCGAUAUGUCGAUAUUGUACACCCCACUUUUCUGCCCGGAUUUCAACUUUUACAAAGAACAGUUCUGAAGAUCAUAGGGGAUAGAAGCCCCCCCCCCCCCUUGGAUAUGCCAGUGGGAACACUGGACUAACAAAGGGUGGGUUUAUUGAAAGAACUGAUAAAGUAUGGAAAUCCAGUACAAGUGACGUUAGUAAUUAGAUAUAAUAAGAUUACUGUCAAAACGUGAGGUGCUUAACGAUUGUCUAUUUUGUUGUACAACAGUUUAGACACGCAAGACUUCAUGGUGGUAUACAAUACUGGCAAGGUCGUGUAGAGGUUCGCAAGAUGACUGACUGGGCCACUCUCUGUGAUAAAGAUCUGGAUAUCUAUACUGCUAACGUCAUCUGUCGGUCGCUAGGAUACGGAACAGCCAAAGAAUAUGCCUUGGGAACUGUAUACGCUCACGCUAUGGAGGAUAUAGUAUGAUGUUACCUUGGAAAUCUUGCUAUUUAGUUUAUAUCUAAUAUCCUAUAUAUCGCCAUCUCGUCAUCAUCAGGUCUCUUUAUCUCAGCUUUUCAUCUAUCUCGAUCGUUUCAUCAUCGACCAAAUUACAGAACCAUAUAACGUUGAAAAGUGCCCUUUUGCUUCACGAUUUAGUGAUCGGAAUGUUCUUUUGUCUUUUCAUCUAUUAAAUCACGCUGUUCUCCAUGUCAUCCAGUCAUUUACUGUUUUCAUUUAUAUUCGCAUUUGUGCAAAGGGUAAAUUAUUUCAUUUCCUUUACAGAAAAUGUACGAGACAAUAAAAUGCACUGGAAAAGAAACAUAUUUACAGAACUGCAUUUGGACAGAAAGAAGUAAGAGAAAAUAUCCCUGCAAACAUUAUUCUGACGCGGGCGUAAAAUGUAACGUCCCAAAAAGAAGACAACAAAACAAAAUGAAGGUUCGUAUUGAGCGAACUGUGUUCAACUAAUCUGUGUCCUCCUUUUACCACAGGAAUGUCUUCCUAUAUAAUUGUUCUUGUUUUCACUCUCGUAGUACAGGAGAAUUCCAUCUGUUUAGAAGUUGUUUAUUCAAAUAAUGCUUUUAGAGUAGGAGAAAAAUAGGAUCCUAGUUCUAGGCGUUACGAAAUAUUAUUUCUUCUGGGGGAUGUAUAUAUUAUAUAAAUUUCUUCAUCCACUAAAAAUUGAUAAGAAUGAAGGGAAAAUCUUUAUAAGAAAUAUUCUGUAUAUUUUGAAUUCGUAUUGAACGAACUGCAUAGCACGUAAGGGAAUUGAACGUGAAAAUAAUUUUCAAUAUUUGUAUUUUUGUAACAUAUUGUCACACGUCCCUGGUCUUGGAUAUAGGAUGUAAGCUUAAGGUAUUCAUCUCAACCCUGUUCCCAAGCCAAGGAACGUAGAGCAGAGAGCAUGGGAAUGAUGUUGUAUUCACGUAACUGAGUCGAAAGGAACAAUGGCUGCCAGAAAACGACACAUGUCUAAGCACAGAGCACAACUAGGAAAGGUUAGCUAGCUUUUGGUGAAGGAAGAAAACCUGAGUAUACCCGAAGAAAUGUUUGAAGUACAGCAGAGAACCCAUCACAACCCAACUUACAUGCCUUUUCAAACACAAGACAGGGUACUCACCCACUCCCCCAUCAAGUAAAAAUACCCAACCCUACUCUUAAUCUGCAGUUGCAGACUUAACUUAGCGGUAAAGGGCACUCCUGUUCCCCAUCGAGUGUGCUCGUGCCACUCGCUACAUCCGAGGGAAAAGAAUCUGUAUCAUCAUCAUCAGUGUAUAUGGUAAUCAAACACUGCUAGAAAAAUUAAACACGACUAUUUUUUUCAAAGAUUCGUUUGCGUGGUACGCCACACUACGCCAUGGGCAGAGUAGACGUGAACAUUAAUGGUAAAUGGGGUGUCAUCUGUGGUGAUCGUUGGACAAUGAAGAACUCAAUGGUUGUUUGUAGGCAGCUAGGCUUUGGUUACCCUGCGGCUAACUGGAGUACAUCCCAUUACGGCAGAACUGGCAAGAUACUUCUGAGUGGGAUCACGUGUCUUGGUCACGAAACUUCAUUGGACGAAUGUUUGCGACACGAUAAUCUCAAUUGCUCUCAAACAAAGCGCUUGGCAGCAGUCAAGUGUCAGAAAGGUUAGGGGUCGGGGUAUAAUAAGGGUCAAUAUAAUAAGGGUCACAUCAAGUAUAUACCCAGAUUUGACUACCGCUACUAUAAAGGGAUCAGUAACCCGCAAUAUAUCCAGGUAGCUAGUGGUACUAGAAGUCAAAUCUGAACCCAGUUUUCUAUUAAAGAGUUGGUUUCCACCAUGGCUGGUAGGAGUUUUCCGAUUGUAGCCGCAUAGUUCCGUUGAUUUUUACGACAUAUCAAGAAAACUCAUUUCAGUCUAUUGCAUUACAUUUAUGUUAUUUAUUUAUUUAUUUAUUUAUUGCCUUUGCUUUCCAGUUUAAGACGGAGUCCGCAACAGCGCUAGCCAAUUAUUGCGGUCCCAUUAGAUUAGCAUAUAGACGAUAAGUACUAUAACAUACAUAACAACAUCUCUGUACAAACUCAAUUGUAAAUUAUAUUAACCAAGCAACUUCUCCCUUUCUUCUUAAGGCGCACCAGAUUUGGUAUGGGAUAUCAAAGAGCUGGCUUCAACUAUGGAUAUUAGCACUUUCCCGAUUGCAUCCUUAAAAUGUGCACACCAAGAGAACUGUCUAGCGUCGAGUGCGGAUGCAGUAUUUAAUGGCGUUCGACUAGCACGAGGAUGGCUUGGACAUAAAAGGCGACUCUUGAGGUUCUCAGCUAAAGUACACAACCUUGGAACAGCAGCGUAUAGACCUUAUUUAUCAAGGAAUGCUUGGCAGUGGCACAGCUGUCAUCAACAUUACCAUUCGGAUGAAGAGUUCGCGUUAUAUGACUUGAUAGGUAAAUAUUCAGAAUAAACAACAGGGGCGGAUCUAGCCUCAUCUGCAAGGAGGGGUGCAGAUUUUCCAUUGGGCCCAUUCUCCUCUGCAGUCUCGCCGUUCUGCUAAUAUGAAUUUGAAAAUAUGGCUGUAUAACAACCUCGACAUGUUUACAUAUUUAACCAUGAUACCUGGACUCCUCUGGGGAGGGAGCUGCUAGACACCACUAAGUGAGGAGCGAACCCCCGCCAUAUUUGUGUAAUGUCUUCCCCCGUCAAAGAAUCUAGACAAUCAAAAUGUGAAAAGUGACUUUUCAAAGUUGUAACUGUAAAGGUACUUUUACACACAACGAUUAAGCUUUAAGUAAAUGAUAUUUGAAUACGCUGUCAACGUCAUCUGACGACAUCGUCAACUUGACAACAUUCGUCGUUAACAUUCGGCAAAACCUGAAAUGGCCGGGUCAUGCGUCUGGUAUAAAAUGCGCCAUUAUUUCUUUCUAGACCCGCACACGCACAAGAAAGUCUCGGAAGGUCACAAGGCCAGCUACUGCUUGACGGACACGAAGUGUGACGAAGGGGUAGAUCGGUUCUAUUCCUGCUUAGGUGGGGGUGAUCAAGGGAUAUCAAUAAAUUGCCACGACAACUACGACUACACGCUGGAUUGUCAGUGGGUUGACGUCACUGAUCUGACUGUGGUCGGUCGUUCAUACAAAUUACGUCUUGUCGCGAAUCCUGCAUUGAAGGUUGGAGAGACAGAUUACUCAAACAACGUUGUCCUGUGCGAUGUCAUUGACCGCCAAAAUCACAUACAGGUCGGGGCGUGCAUCCAAGGUAAGAAUGAAUGUUUGGGUGGAUAAAAAGUAAACCAUUUAACUGUUUAAUUUGGGAUUUUUCUCUUAUUGUAUAAAACAAAUAGAUAAGAUUUCGCCGUUGUCUGUUCAGUUAUAGAUACACAGUAUGACGUCAUAAUGGGGGGAAGAACAUAAAAGUCACCCACUCGCCUCGUGUGCCACUUUUUUAUUCUUCCCACAAGAUGACGUCAUCCUGUGUAUCUAUAACUGAACAGACAAACUUAUCUAUUUGUUAAAUAGAAGCCUAAAUAUUCUCGCUUGUCGCUCUCAGCAGUUUAAUCUUAGCACUUUAGCCUAAAAGGAGAGACUAUUGGCAGCUUGUGAACAGAUUUGUAACAACUUGUCCGUUUUUACGUGUGUACUCUAUUUCGUUUGUUUUGUGAGUUUUAUUGGAACUAAUGACUUUGGCACAAAUAAUAUACUUGGCUAUGUAAGUUAUAAAUAUAUUGUUAACUGAUCUGAAAGAUUUCAGUAUUCUUAGUUUAUAAAAUUCACAUAUGUAUGGAAAAUUACUGGGGGCCUCCUCCCUGCUCCGCGGUCCCUGAAAUUACGCCUGUUGUGCUCUAAAUGAAGCCUGUUCUAAAUCGCCAUAUUUGAUAAUCGAGUUUUGGGCAGAAAUACACGGCAAAAAACGCUCAGGUUGAUGCAAUACUGAUGAAAACAGGAUUGAACAAUGUUUUGCUGCCCACAUUGUUCAUAGCUGUCAACAACAUUGAACAAUGUUGUUACACCCGAUUCAUGCUCAACAGCAUUGUUCAAUAUUGUUGACAAGUGUGAACAACGUGGGCAGCAAAACAUUGUUCAGUCCUGUUGAGCAACGGUCUCGGCGUUUUUUGCCGUGUAUAUUGUGUUCAGCGGUUCUACCCAUCAAACAUGCUACAUAUACUUCAUUUAAGAUCUUUUGUAUUAACCGUCAAUCUGGGCUUGUACAAGGAUGCUACCAUACGAUUGCAAUGGAAAACGGGCUUAAUAAAUGUCCAAUUAUUUGUCUUUUAGAAACAUGCGAAAGUGGCGUACGCUCGCACCAUGGCAAUGGUAACUUCGCUUGUUGUCGUUUCCCAUUCAUUUACGACGGCAAGUCACGUGACACGUGCGUGCUGGAUGACAAGACUGGACAGUUUUGGUGUGCGACAACGAAGAACUAUGAUCAAGAUAAAUUGUUUGGAUAUUGCUAACUCUAUAUAGUAAAAUUCUUUAAAGUACCUAUCCUGUCCAAAAUGGAUUUUUUAAACAUUCUUUCUUUAGUCAAAUGGUAAAAUAAUUGUUCAUCACUGACAUCAGUUCAGCGAUUUCGUUUAAGAUUGCAUCGAAUUUUAAGAUUGUAUUAUGUUAAUGCUAAUGUGACAAAAGGCAUCGUUAAAUGUACAAAGCAUUAAUAUCACGACAAAAGAGUAGCUUUUAACAGCUCACGAGCAAAAUACAUCAAUAUAAAUUUCU